CCCACCUCCUUGGAGACAACAAGCUUCUGACGUCCCCAGCAGCCUUGAGUCUUCAACAUUCUGGAAGCAUGGACCGUUUGGACUUGCUUGGGUUCCUCAUCAUCACGUUAAACUGCAAUGUGACUAUUGUGGGGAAGAUCUGGCUUAUCUUCAUGAUCCUGCUAAGGAUGGUGGUGAUCAUUGUGGCUGGGUCCCCCGUUUACCAGGAUGAGCAGGAGAGGUUUGUGUGCAACACUCUGCAGCCGGGGUGCGCCAAUGUCUGCUAUGAUGUCUUCUCCCCGGUGUCCCACCUGCGCUUUUGGCUGGUCCAAAGUGUGUCUGUCCUUCUCCCUUCAGUUGUUUUCAGUGUCUAUGUGCUGCACAAAGGAGCUGAGCUCGCUGCCCGGGGACCCUGUGGGCCAGAUGGUGGUUCAGAAAGCCAGGACCUCGCAGACCUGAGCCCCAGGGAUAGGCUCUGCCCUCUGCCCUGCAGGGAGGGGCGCAGCCUAGUGGUGCCAGACUUCUCCUAUGGCUACAUUGUGCACCUCUGUCUUCGGACCCUGGCAGAGACAGCUUUAGGGGCCUUGCAUUACCUCCUCUUCGGAUUCUCGGUCCCCAACAGGUUUUCCUGCGCCCACUCUCCCUGCUCUGGCUCAGUGGAUUGCUAUGUCUCUCGGCCCACAGAGAAGUCCAUGCUGAUGCUCUUUCUCUGGGCACUCAGCGCGCUCUCUGUGCUGCUCAGCGUGGCCGACCUGCUCUGCAGCUUGGGCAGGAGGACUCUCGGGGAGCCGGGACCUGCCGAGUGUCCCCGGGAAAGGAGGCCAGAUCCGGUGGUGCUGGAUAGGCUGGGGGAGGAAAGGGUGUUGCUAGCACACCGUGACCUGUGGACCAGAGGGCACGGUGCCCACAGCCCCAGUGGUCAGUGGGCUGUGUCGGGGCGGAUGGAGCUUCCAGAGGAGGAUGAGAGUGAGGGGCUGUCCUUUACCAGCGACAAGGUCUCCAGGGCUUGCACAGAGCCUGGUGGCAGGCCUCGCGCAGAGGCCCCUCCAGACUCCCGAAAUGAGCAUCCCUUAAAACCCCACCGUCUGCAGGCCCAGCACUGCCCGUCCAGUCUGUGGCAACCCUCAACCCGACAGGCUGGUGCUGGGAGCGCCCCUCUCCUGGGGACCAGAAGGUCCGAGUGGGUGUGAAAAGGGCGGCCAAGCAGUGCAGUGACUGAAAGACUCGAACCCUAACGUCACCUUGGCACGUGGAAAAUCUUUAUGUUCCUGGAGAAUAUCAACGGGCAGGAAGGCCAGCUGGCCUGUGACAAGGACUUCGUGGGACACACACAGACUUGUACUCUUGAUUUAUUUUAGAUCACCCUGUCUGCUGAAAGAAACCCUUGCAUUCAAAUUUGGACUGGAAGCUAAAAUGAUUGAUUGCAAAGUGUCAGGUUGCUUAGGGAUUUUGCUACAUCCUGACUGGCUUGUUAUCUUAUUCUUUAUCAUAGUAUGUGCUUUAUGUAAAGCAUGUUCUUUUACAUUAACAGAGUUCAUUACUGUUUUAAUAUUUUCCAGUGAAUUAUUAUGAGUCUUUUAUUUUUAUUUGUUUUUCAUUUUUUCCUUUUUGUUUAUUUUUCUGCUUGGAUAAAAAAAAAAGCAUCUUAAGCAUGUCAUCAGUAGAGACACAUUAGUUUAACUUCUCCAAACACCUUUAAUAAAAUUAAUGGU